AUGUUUUUAAAUGAAGAUGAAUGGUACUCAGAAAAUGAAGAUUAUGAAGAGGACUAUGAGGAUGAAGAGGAUUACGAAUCUGAGGUAGAAGAGAUGAAUUAUGAAAGGACUGAUAGGUAUGAACAAUUAUUACAUGAUUUCAAAAUAGAAUUAGGCCGUAGAUUGUUAUGGGAAGGCCAUAGUGAUAUUGCCCAACAGUGGGCCAUCCAGGGUGAAGAAAGCUUCUCUGAUGUAACCCGGAUGGAAUGGGAGCCCCAAAAAAAUGUUCCUUGGCCCCUUACACUCAAAGAAGUUAUAGAAGCCUCGGAGGAAGAAAAUGACCCCAAGUAUGAAGGUGAUGAAGGAUCAUCCGAUGGUAAUUAUUCUCCUUCUUCACAAUGGGAAACGUCAGAUGAUGAUGAGUCCCAAAUAGAAGUUGUAAUAAACAGUGGAUCGACAAGUCUAACCACCCUGGAGGAAGAAACCUUGACCGAAGAGUGGAAGGUUAAUAAGAGUCUUACAGACCUAGUAAAACAAGAGAAUGCAAUGAUGGAUAAAUUUAUCAAAUGGCCAGAAGAUGACCAGGAAGAAACCUUUGAGCCACAAGCCAUUGAUAUCAGCACAGAGGAAAUUGGUAUUGAAAGAGAUGAACAGGCAAUGAAUAUGGACGUGUCUAUAUAUAUACCCGUCUUUCUUUUUACUAAGUUAACUCCUAGAAGAUGCCAAAAAUUGGUCUUUGCAGGGAAAACCCAGCGCUUCGAAAAUGAGUUCUUCCUCUACGACCAUCCUACCCUUAAUGACCAUAUAGCAGCCCAGGAGCUCAAUUUAAGGGAGGCCGUAUAUUGGGUAGAUUUUUAUGGCUAUCCUUUAAUUGCCAACAACCCAAAUGAAUUACUAAUCCUGCAAAACUGGAUGCAAGAUGAAGUACAACAAAGUGAAGCCCGGCAGUUAAUGGCUUUACAAACCGGCAUUGAUCCUGGGUGUGACCGAAGACUUGUAGAUAAUAAUGGUGUUCUUAUCUUACCUGUGGAAAUCAAGUUGAAUUACAAAAGUGUUGGGGAAACUAUAGCCCAAAGAGUUCGAGGACUGGUAGAUACAUUACCGGUAAUCCGCCAAGCUGCUAUUUUUCAAGUACAAAAGGCGCAGAAUAGGCAAAAACAGCUUCACGAUAGAAAAUUUCAGAAUAUUACUGAAUUUGGAAUAGGAGAAAAAGUUUUUGACUGGAAUGUAGUCAAGUUGUGCACAAUGGAAGUUCAAGUCGUAUCAACCCCAAUUAGUACUAGUCUAAUUAAAAAAGAUAUAACCUCUCCCAUUCCUUCUGGUGUUAUUGUAACUCCACCUUCAUUUGUGGCGCUACCUCCAUUUGCAGAGACCCAUGAUCUCGUAGAAAGCGUAGACGCGACUCGUAUGGCCUUGCUGCGGGCUAUUCGGUUGCUGUUGAAUGAAGAUCUCCAACAAUUGGUCCUCUAA